UCUCACCGUCACUCUCCGUUAUCUUUGUAAUCCACAAAAAUGAUGAAAGCUUCAUUCACCGGAAACUACGACGGCGAUUAUUCCGGCGCCACAGGCUCCUUUGUAGUCAACUCCGGCGGCUUAAACCUACGCGCUUCCAUCACCGCCGACUCCGUCGCUAACCGUCCGUCUGUUAACGGCGUUACUUUAUCAUUAGAAAACCCUGCUUCCUUCAUUGUUGACUAUAACGUCCCUAAACAGGAUAUACGAUUUCAGUUCAUGAAUAGUGUCAGGGUUAAAGGAAAGCCGUUGAACUUUACGUACACGCAUUCGGUAGGUGAUAGACGAACUGCGUUAGACGGUAUGUUAAUGUUGGAUACUAAUCAUAAGGUUUCGGCGAAUUAUGGAUUUGAGUUAGGGAAUUGUAAGGUGAAGUAUUGUUAUGUGCAUGGAGGAGUGACGAGUGUCGAACCGAGUUAUGAUUUUGGUAAUAAUUCGUGGGAGUUGGGUGUUUCGAGAAGGAUUGUUGAUGGUAGUGUGGUUAGAGGUUGUUAUCGGUCGGAUACUAAGGUUUUAGGGGUGGAUUUGAGGACGAAAUCGUUCAGUGGUGCAAACGUUAAGAUUGCUGCAUCAGUCAACUUGGCUGAGGAGAAAUUGAUGCCAAAAGUAACUGCUGAGACUAUCUGGGAUUUUGAGAUGUAAUUUCUGCACUUAGGAACAUAAAAGGAAAAGGAAAAUGAAGUUUUGUUAGUAAGUACUCAAUUUCCUAGUAUUCAUAUUAAGAAAAGGUAGGUCAGGGUAGUUCUUGUAUAUAUUGCGUAUGAUUUCUCUUUUGGUGAUUGUUGGUGAAUUGUUAAGGCCAAAAAUGGUUCUGUUUGUGAAAAAUUACAGCUAAGUAUACACCAACAGAACCAUUAGCGUUACCGAACCAUGAGCUCUUCUUUAUUUUAAGAGAAUUUUUAGUA